GGAAGUCCUGGUGUUACUGACUUCCUGCCGGGGAAGAACGGAUGCUAACCGGUUGUCAGGUCAUAUUUUACAGCGUGUGGGUCAUUAGUAUUAGUAACGUUGUGUGAUUACGUGAAGCUGCCCGUCUUUGUCUCUGAAAGCUCAGAGUUUUUACGGUAUUUUCUUGAAAACCAGCGCAGUCAUGUCCGGAGCGUUAGCAAGGCUGCUGUUCUACCCGACGUUAGCCUACAAUGUUGUCAUGGAGAAAGUGUCGUCGAGACGGUGGUUUGACCGAGUGGACGAGACGGUCAUCCUCGGAGCGCUGCCGUUCAGGUCCAUGACCAAACAGCUGGUGGAAACGGAAAACGUCCGAGGGGUCAUCACCAUGAACGAGAUGUAUGAGACCAAGUAUUUCUGCAACUCCGCUGAGGAGUGGCAGGCUGCAGGGGUGGAGCAGCUGAGGCUGAGCACCGUCGACCUCACCGGCGUUCCCAGCCUGGAGAACCUGCACCGAGGCGUGGAGUUUGCCCUGCAGCACCGAGAGCGGGGAACCAGCGUGUACGUCCACUGCAAGGCCGGACGCUCCCGCAGCGCCACACUGGCUGCUGCUUACCUCAUUCGGUUACACUGCUGGACUCCAGAGGAAGCCUGUCAGAAGCUGGCGAGUGUUCGACCGCACGUCCUGGUACGCUCUGCUCAGCUGGAGAUGCUGAGGAGAUACCACCAGCAGGUGUGUGGACAGUCGAGCUGAGAGAGCAGCUCAUGGCCUCAGACCUCAUUAUGUUCCUCCAGCAGCUGGAAGCCUGCGCCCUGAGCCUGGAGUGAAGCCACAGUGACGUGACACACAGCCAGUCCUCCGAGUCAUAAUGUGUCUGAAGGAAAUGCCAAACCACUUGUUUGUUUUUUUUUCCUGGCUUUACAUCAGACUCUCACAAGGAAAUGACAAAUUUUAAGCAGUUAAGUCACAAUGUGUCAGUUAAGCCUGGUUUCCCGCUUGUGGUUGAAACGUACUGAUUUUAUAUCAUGACUUUUUGAAUCUCAGAGUCACGUUUAAUGGAAUGGAAACACUUGGAAGCUUUUAAAGUAUCUGAACAGUCACUUCCUUCUGUUUCAGCUAAACAUGCUCUCAGAUUCCCGAAGCAAAUCGACACUUCAGUGCCGUUUGUUUGUCACCGUAAUCAUCAAAACACUCCAGCUGAGCGAAGUGUAUUGUGCUUGUUGCUUUUGGACUGCAGUGGCACAACAAGACGAGAACAUUUCAGUGCAUUUGCUAUGUGCCUCAGAACUGUGAUGUUAAUAAAAUAUUUGUGUGAUAAGUACAUUCUAA